UCUGUCAUGUAGAAAGGAGCUCUUAAACUGGAAGCUAGACAUCUUCUUUCUGAGUCUAAGUGAGCAUGUGCAGAAUGGGACAUGGAAACCUCACAGCACUGGUAGCUCUGAACGGAUUCAACUCUCAGGAAUGUAUAAUGUUCGCAAAGGCAAAAUGCAGCUGCCAGUGAACCGAUGGACAAGACGCCAGGUUAUCUUGUGUGGAACCUGCCUGAUAGUAUCAUCUGUGAAAGACAGCUUGACCGGAAAGAUGCAUGUUCUGCCACUAAUUGGUGGAAAAGUAGAAGAAGUGAAAAAGCACCAGCACUGUUUGGCAUUUAGCUCCUCUGGGCCCCAAAGCCAGACUUACUACAUUUGCUUUGAUACCUUCACAGAGUACUUACGGUGGCUACGACAAGUCUCUAAGGUUGCAUCCCAGCGCAUAAGCUCAGUGGACCUUUCAUGUUGUAGCCUGGAACACCUGCCUGCCAACCUCUUCUACAGCCAAGACCUCACUCAUCUCAAUUUAAAACAAAACUUUCUAAGGCAAAACCCCAGCCUUCCAGCUGCCAGGGGACUCAGUGAACUGCAAAGGUUCACCAAGUUGAAGAGUCUUAACCUUUCCAGUAACCAUCUAGGGGACUUCCCAUCAGCAGUCUGCAGUAUUCCAACCCUGGCAGAGUUGAAUGUGUCUUGCAAUGCCCUGCGAGCAGUCCCAGCAGCCAUCGGAGCUAUGCACAACUUACAGACAUUUCUGUUGGAUGGAAACUUUCUCCAGUCCCUUCCUGCUGAGUUAGAGAACAUGCCCCAACUCAGUUAUCUUGGUCUUUCAUUCAAUGAAUUCACUGACAUUCCAGAGGUACUGGAGAAAUUGACUGCUAUGGAUAAACUUUGUAUGUCUGGAAACCGUAUGGAAAUCCUUAGAGUACAGGCCUUAAGAAGAAUGCCUCACAUAAAGCAUGUGGAUCUAAGACUGAACAUAAUUAGGAAGCUUAUAGCAGAUGAAGUGGACUUUCUGCAUCAUGUCACUCAGCUUGACCUGCGAGACAAUAAACUUGGUGAUCUAGAUGCUAUGAUUUUCAACAACAUUGAAGUGCUACACUGUGAGAGGAAUCAACUGGUGACAUUAAACAUUUGUGGCUAUUUCCUAAAAGCACUGUAUGCUUCUUCUAAUGAACUUGUUCAACUUGAUGUUUACCCAGUUCCAAAUUAUCUGUCUUUCAUGGAUGUUUCAAGGAACUGCUUAGAAAAUGUGCCUGAGUGGGUAUGUGAAAGCCGAAAGUUAGAGGUUUUAGAUAUUGGCCACAAUCAAAUAUGUGAACUUCCUGCACGCUUAUUUUGUAAUAGUAGUCUCCGGAAAUUGCUGGCAGGACACAACCAGUUGGCAAAGCUGCCUGAAAGGCUAGAAAGAACAUCAGUGGAGGUCUUAGAUGUGCAACACAACCAGCUUAUUGAGCUACCUCCUAACCUUCUCAUGAAGGCCGACAGCCUGAGAUUCCUGAAUGCAUCUGCAAACAAACUGGAAACACUUCCUCCAGCCACACUUUCUGAAGAGACCAGCAGUAUCUUACAGGAGUUGUAUUUGACAAACAACAACCUCACCGACAAAUGUGUGCCCUUGUUAACAGGACACCCCCAUCUGAAGAUCCUUCACAUGGCCUAUAAUCGACUUCAAAGUUUUCCAGCAAGUAAAAUGGCAAAACUGGAAGAACUUGAGGAAAUUGAUAUCAGUGGCAAUAAACUGAAAGCCAUUCCAACAACGAUCAUGAAUUGCAGGCGCAUGCACACCGUGGUUGCUCACUCCAAUUGCAUUGAAGUCUUUCCUGAAGUUAUGCAGCUCCCAGAGAUCAAGUGUGUGGACCUGAGCUGUAAUGAGCUAAGUGAAGUCACUUUACCAGAAAACCUGCCUCCCAAACUACAAGAGCUAGACUUGACUGGAAACCCUCGCCUUGCCCUCGAUCACAAAACCCUGGAGCUGCUGAACAACAUCCGCUGCUUCAAGAUUGAUCAACCUUCAUCAGGAGAUGCAUCUGGAGCCCCAGCAGUGUGGAGUCAUGGUUACACUGAAGCUUCAGGGGUGAAAAACAAGUUGUGUGUGGCAGCCCUAUCUGUGAAUAAUUUCCGUGACAACCGAGAGGCCUUAUAUGGUGUAUUUGAUGGAGACCGGAACGUAGAGGUCCCCUACCUUCUCCAGUGUACCAUGAGUGAUAUUUUGGCAGAAGAGCUGCAGAAAACAAAAAAUGAAGAAGAGUACAUGGUCAAUACAUUCAUAGUCAUGCAAAGGAAACUUGGAACUGCUGGGCAGAAACUUGGAGGUGCUGCUGUUCUUUGUCAUAUCAAACAUGACCCUAUGGACCCAGGAGGAUCCUUUACCUUGACCUCUGCUAAUGUGGGCAAGUGCCAGACUGUUCUCUGUCGAAAUGGGAAGCCACUGCCUCUGUCCAGAUCUUACGUCAUAAGCUGUGAAGAAGAGAUGAAGAGAAUUAAGCAGCACAAGGCCAUUGUCACUGAGGAUGGCAAGGUGAAUGGAGUGACAGAGUCCACGCGCAUCCUGGGCUACACCUUUCUCCACCCCAGUGUGGUCCCUCGCCCCCACGUGCAGUCUGUGCUCCUGACGCCCCAGGAUGAGUUCUUUAUCCUGGGCAGUAAGGGGCUGUGGGACAGCCUGUCUAUCGAGGAGGCUGUGGAGGCUGUGCGCAAUGUGCCUGAUGCCCUCGCUGCCACCAAGAAGCUGUGCACCCUGGCCCAGAGCUACGGCUGUCACGACAGCAUCAGCGCUGUGGUGGUGCAGCUCAGCGUCACCGAGGACAGCUUCUGCUGCUGUGAGCUCAGUGCUGGUGGGAGUGUGCCACCACCCAGCCCGGGUACUUUCCCCCCCUCAGUCAACAUGGUGACCAAGGACCGGCCCUCUGAUGGGCUGGGUGUGCCAUCUUCCAGCAGUGGCAUGGCGUCAGAGAUCAGCAGUGAGCUAUCCACCUCCGAGAUGAGCAGUGAGGUGGGGUCCACAGCCUCUGAUGAGCCCCCAUCAGGAGCCCUAAAUGAAAGCAGCCCCGCCUACCCCAAUGAGCCUCGCUGCAUGCUCCAUCCAGUCUGUCUGUCCAACUCCUUCCAGCGCCAGCUGUCCAGCGCCACUUUCUCCAGCGCCUUCUCCGACAACGGCCUUGACAGUGAUGAUGAAGAACCAAUUGAGGGUGUCUUCAGCAAUGGCAGUCGAGUGGAGGUAGAAGUGGACAUCCACUGCAGCCGGGCCAAGGAGAAGGAGAGACAGCAGCACCUGCUUCAGGUACCUGCUGAGGCUAGUGAUGAGGGCAUAGUCAUCAGCGCCAACGAGGACGAGCAAGGUCUGCCCAGGAAAGCAGACUUCUCUGCUGUGGGGACCAUCGGGCGCCGCAGGGCUAAUGGCUCUGUAGCACCCCAGGAAAGGAGCCACAAUGUGAUAGAGGUUGCCACAGACGCGCCUCUUCGAAAGCCUGGAGGCUAUUUUGCUGCCCCAGCUCAGCCAGAUCCUGAUGAUCAGUUUAUUAUACCCCCAGAGCUGGAAGAGGAGGUCAAAGAAAUCAUGAAACAGCACCAGGAGCAGCAGCAGCCACCACAGCCACAGCCACAGCCACAGCAGCAAGCACUGCAGCGGCAGUUUCAGAUAGACCAGCUGCCGGACUUCUAUGAUACGCCACUAUGACCCAGUCUGAGUACUGUAUAUGAACAAUAAACUAACCCAGAAAGACAGCACGAGAGUCUCUCAGGCUCACAUUAAACCAGGGAUUUUACUCCAUGACCUUCUCCCAAAC